AUGGUUGCGAGGGAGUUGGCGGCAGUGGCGAUCACGUUUCUUGCUAAACACACUCCAAAAAGAAAAAAAAAACCAGACAGCAUCAUCCCUGUAUUUUUCUUUCUUUUUCUUUUUUCUUUCUCCCCACUCUCCUCUCUCUUUCUCAAUAUGCAUCGCUUAUUUUCUUUUUCUACUCUUAUUUUAUUUAUUGUGCUUUUACUUUUAGUUUUACCCUUCUCCGUUCACUUAUUCACUCUCUUUAUUUUUACCCAUCUCCCACUUUUCCGUAUGUUUUUGCUUCUCUCUUUCUGUAUUUCUUUCUCUCACUCACACACACACACACACACACACACAGUUCUUCUUUUACACCCUCAACAAUUCUAUCUAUCUAUCUAUCUAUCUAUCUAUCUAUCUAUCUAUCUAUCUAUCUAUCUAAUUUUUAUUACUGCUUGUUGUCUUAUUGUUGUCGAUCUUAGCGUGGGAGGAGAUUACCUUCCGCUCAAAUCUAUCUAUCAAUCUCUCUCUCUCUCUCUCUCUCUCUCUCUCUCUCUAUCUAUCUAUCUAUCUAUCUAUCUGUAA